AUGUCUGGGUUGGUCCCACGCAAGAACUCCAACCUGAGUGUGAAUCAUUGCUGGAGGUUCAUCCGCCGGUCAGAUUUGCCUCUCUAUGAUGAUCGGUCUGGAGAUUCGUGGAAGCCUACUGAGAUCCCCAAAGAAGACUACAAGCAUUGUGAUACUGAUUGCAUUCUGCUUGUGAAGCACCUGGUGAACUCGCAGAGUCUUUCACAACCACCAUUGACCCUUCUUCCAGCUGAGUUCCUGAAGAAGAUCCAGCAGGAGUUGGAAUCCCUGCCCCGCAACAUCUUGAGUGAUCGGGCCAAGAAGGAGUUUCUGAAAACGGCGGACAUGGUGGAGCGUGAACCUUGGGAGCUUGUGCGGGCAGCGAAGUGCUUGCGGGAGUGGGUGGAUGCCAAUGUCCGCAAAGAUUGGCAAUCGGUCACUAUGCCCACAUGGUGGUUUGCAAAUGAUGUCCGAGAGCUUUGCAUCACCCCAAAUCCUGAAGGGUGGGAGCGCUUUGCACCUGGACCAGUUCAACCUGUGUAUAUUGCCCCAGCAAAGAUUCCAGCUCCUGAAGAUGGUGAGCCAAAGAAGAGAGGUAGACCGCCCAAGGUCCGAGAUCCCAACGACCCGCCGCCCAAGAGAGGUAGACCACCCAAACGACCACCUGUUGUUCAGGAGGAGGACCAAGGCCAAGGUGCUGCUGCUGAGAUCUUUGUUGAGCAGGCUGGUGCAGCUCCAAUAGCCAUCCCACCUGUGGAAGAAGAGGUUGAGUUGGGGCCAGGGCAGGACAUGGUCCUUCAGCCUGUGGUUGACAAUCCACCUCCACCUACUCGUAGCACCUUUGCAGGGAGAACCAAGUCUGGGUCUGAAGAGUAUCAGAACCAAUGGAUGGGCCGACGUGAGAUGUACUACAAGUUUGUGCCUGUAGCAUUUUGGAAAGACCCUUCCGAACGCCAGUAUUGGACCUUGUGCAACACCAUUGGUGACAAGGACAAAGCCAUGCAACAAUUCCUUGAUCAGAUUGGUGUCAAACGUGGACCUCCUGCUCCAGCACCCAAAGCUGCCGCUGUGCCCAAGGCCAAGUGCAAAGCCAAGGCACAGGCCAAAGCACAGGCCAAGAGGAAGGCUGAGAAGAAUUCUGGUCCUGGGCGACGGCCGGGUGUGAAAUCAUCCAGGGGCAAGGCUGCAUACCGGUAG